AUGAAAGCGGGCCGCGCUUUUGGCUGCCUCUUCUGGGCGUUGCUUUAUUGUGUGCUGUAUUUGGUCAGCGCCAGCGAGGAUGAGCUGCUUGACUUUGAUUUUGCCGAUGCCACCGAAACGGACGCCAGAGCCAACAUCGAGGACUGGCAGCUGGCCGAUGAGCAGCAGGCGGAGCAGGUGGAAAAAAAACUGGAGGACAAUAUGCUUGACUUUAGCGUGGACCUGGACGAACCGGAGCCGGAGAAGCAGCUGCCCCAGUUCGACUGGCGCGAAAGAGUGCUGCGCACAGCCCUCUCCAAGGCGCUGACGGAUCGUGUGCUGCGCCAGAAAUUUGCCGAAGUGAUGCCCAUUCUGCGCGUGUUGUCCUCGCAGCAGCGCCUGGCGCUCUCUGCCCUGAUCUCGGCACAAAUGAACGCCAAGCGCGGGCAGGAGCUUAAGCUGGAGCAGGUGCGCAUGAUGUUUGGUGACGACAGGAAACUGCUGCUGCCCGUCGUCUACGAUCUGGCCAAUCUGGUGAAGAGCUCGGCGCGCAAGUACAUCCGGUUGGGCAACGAGCUGGCUGCUGCGGCGCUGCGCCAAACGCCGCUGCAGAAGCGCAAGGAUGUGCUCACCCUCGAGGAGUCCGAGCAGGACGACAGCGUGGGCACUAUAGAUGUCGGCGCGAAGCCUGCGCAGGCGGCCAGUUCGCUGGAGGACUUCUUCGAUGAGAUGCAAGCGGAGGUGCUCGAUCCGCAGAUGAUCAAUGAGGCGCUACAGUCAGCCACGCCCACGGCUGCCCAGCACCAGUCCCAGUCCAUCGCGAAUCGGACGCGGCGCGUGCGUCGCACGGCCGACGAAUUUGUACACAAGCUGACGCGCUCCGUGCCCGUCUCGGUCAGCGAGCAGCAGCUGCUGGGCGGCGCCGCGGGACGCACCAUCAAGCUGAACACAACGAUCUUCCAGCAGCCGCCCAGUGCUGCAGCGGCCAGCACGGCCGCCACACCGGCGACCAGCACCACGCAGUCUUACGAGCAAAUCGAGGAUCUCGCCCUGGCCGGACUGAAUGGCACCGACGCCGACGAGCGUCUCUUGCAGCUGAAUAAUGACAGCGGCAACAGCAGCAGCAGCAGCGCUGAGGAGCCGCUGCCCAGUCCCGAGGAGCUCAUAGCGGGUCCGCGCUAUCGGCGACCCAGCCCCAAGCUGCCGGCGAUCAAGAGGAAGCGCGUCCAGAGCUCAGUUUAUAGCCGCGGCCGGCCGAAGGGCUCGGCCAGCUCGCACAGUCCGGUGCUGGCGCCGACGCACAAGAAAUGCGAACGCUUCACCAACAACAUGUGCAUACGCACCGACGACUAUCCGCUGUAAGAUCCACUUAGUUAGCUGGCUUUUGGUACCCUUUCCCGGGUUGUAGC